AUGGAUCGUGAAAGAGUAAUCAUCGAUUGUGAUCCUGGUGUUGAUGAUUCAAUUGCAAUUCUCUUAGCAUUAUCAUCUCCAGAUGAAAUUCAAUUAGAAGGAAUAACCAUCGUAAUGGGAAAUCAUAAUAACAUUGAUUUACUCGCGAAUAAUGCAUGUCUAUUGUUACAAAUGUGUGGCAUGAGUGAACAUAUUCCGGUCGUCAAAGGUGCAAAUAAACCAUUAACAUAUGCGUAUCAUGGUCAUUCAGGUAUUAAAGUUCAUUCGGAAAAUGGAAUUGGAAAUGUGAAGUAUCCAAUCGAAAAUUUGAAUCAAAUUCCGCUACAAAAGUAUUCGAAUCUUUCCGCUGCUCAGUUUCUUGUUGAACAUGUCUUAAAUUAUCCGAAUGAAAUCACAAUUUGUGCCAUUGGGCCAUUGACUAACCUUGCUUUAGCUGUUUCAAUCGGUGGAGAUAAAUUCAUUAAGUCGGUCAAACGAAUUGUUCUAAUGGGUGGAUCGAUUGAAGGACAUGGAAACAAAACCGCUGCGGCCGAAGCGAAUUUAGCUAAUGAUCCACAUGCUGGAAGAAUUGUUUUCGAUUCGUUUGAAGACAUCACUAUGGUUGGAUUGAAUUGUACUCGACAACUUCCGUUAACCGAUGAGAUUCGACAUAAAAUCAAAGACUUAAACUCUAUUGGACACUUUUGUUUCGAUAUAACGAAACAUUAUACCGAAAUUUUGAAUUCUUGGAAUGAUCCACCGUGUUUUAACGAUCCAACUGCGAUUAUGUUCUUGGUUAAGCCUGAAUUAUUCCAAGGAAGAAGAGCGUGUGUUGAUGUAGAAGAUAUGGGAAGAUUAACGUCAGGAUUGACUGUUGCAGAUUGGAAUGGACGAUGGGGAAGAGCGCUUCAAACGUUUAUUCUGACUAAAGUCGAUCGAACAGGUUUCGAAAAUGAACUUCUAGGUAGAUUAUCUCGAUUGAAUAUGUUUAAGCCGUAUUUACAAACUCAAUUAGAAGAACAAAUCGAAAGUUCAGAAAAAUAA